GAUUUCUUCUGUGGGAAACCUGCUUCAGGCGUGCAGCUGAAGAUCAUUGACGACGAUGGAGACAAGUGCCGGCCACGGCAGGCUGGGACAGUUCUGGUUAGAGGUGAGCGAAUAUUUUCUGGUUACUUUAACCUUUUAGAGGACCCAGAUCCCAACACUGUCAAAUGUUUCACCAAGGACGGAUGGUUCAACACGGAGGAUCUCGGCUUUUGGGAUGAAGAAGGCAACUUCUAUGUCCUGGGCAGGAACAAGGACACGAUCAUGUACGGAACUGUGGUUCUGUACCCGGGAUGGCUGGAGGCGAAAAUUCUCCAACAUCCUGACGUGGCUGAUGCUGUCGUCUUGCCUGUAUCUGACCCCGUGCGGUAUCACGAGAUCUGCGCAUGCGUAACACCGGCGAGCGGAAGAAACAUGACAGAAGAGCAGCUGAAGUCCUACUGUGAAAGUAUCUUCAUCGCUGACUUGACAAGUGAACAGACACCCAUGCCCAAGUAUUUCAUGGUACCACUGUAUUUUUGUAUUUUACUUAUAUAUAAUAAUUAUUUCCCUUAG